AUGUUCACCUGUGCCAAGCUCGCCUGCCACGCUCUGAUCCGACCUGGAUCCAGAGUUGCCUAUGAACCAAUUUCUGCAUCAGUGUUAUCUCGACCAGAGGCUAGGACUGGAGAGGGCUCUACGGUAUUUAAUGGGGCCCAGAAUGGUGUGUCUCAUCUAAUCCAAAGGGAGUUUCAGACCAGUGCCAUCAGCAGAGACAUUGAUACUGCUGCCAAAUUUAUUGGUGCAGGUGCUGCAACAGUGGGAGUGACUGGUUCUGUUGCUGGUAUUGGAACAGUCUCUGGCAGCCUUAUAAUUGGUUAUGCCAGAAACCCUAUGCUAAAGCAGCAGCUGUUCUUAUAUGCUAUCCUGGGAUUUGCCCUGUCUGAAGGUAUGGGUCUCUCUUGUUUGAUGGUUGCUUUCUUGAUUUUGUUUGCCAUGUAA